CGUCACAGCUGUUUCCGAGUUUGAUGUUUGUAAACAUUGAUUGACAAACAUGAGUAGAAUUUAUAAUGAUAAACCUUUAUCAAACUUACCACUUAUCACAAUUGAACAUCCAGAAUGGAACGUUGAAGGGAAAUCAGGGGGUACUGGUGUCUUAAUUGAGGGAAGUGUACGGCGAAGAUCAAGGGUGUCUGUCAAUACAAAAGACGGUAACAAGAAAAGAUAUUUUGUUCUUCAUGUUGAUGUACAGAAAGCACACAAAAGAAAAUUUGACACUUCUGGGAAAGAAAUAAACCCAAAUUUUAGCGAGACACAGAAGGUUGGAACAGGAUAUCUUAAUAAAUACAAAGUGGAAGCCAAAGGUGAAACUGAUAAUAUAAAUAAACAAGAAGUACAAAAACUUCUACACAAUGAUGAAAUGGACCAGAUAUAUCGGAAAUCGUCUACACUUACUUCAGAAGGAUGCUUAUCAUUUUGGUUACCAGAAUCGAAGUUAGAGGAUAUAGAGAUUCUAGAUGGAGAUUCAUUACGAAUAACAACCAAAAAAAAUAGUCCUUUUAUAGAAAACUUAACGAAAGUGGAAAUUGAAUCGUCAACUGUGUCAAAUUUUGCAGGAGAAGAAGUUGGUGCAAAUUGGACUGAUAAAAUUAUGUCUAUGAAAUCUAAUGAAAGAGAAACGACUCCAGCUGACGAUAACAACGACGACGAAUGGGAUGACUAAGUUUUUACUUAUGGGAAAUGAAUCUCAAAGGAAGAUAAGAAUCUAAUGAAAUUAUACAUUCUACACAGACUUCAGUAAUAAUAUGGAUUUUUAUAUUUCCGUGAUGAUGGAGAUAUUUUGACAAAUGAGCCAUGUAACAGGAUUAUGUUUCGCUGUUAUGUAAUAGAACAGGACUGUAAAUAGGAACUAGUAUAUUGAAUUGUUACAAUUCUAGUGUUACGUCUGUCGUACAGGUUCAAAUUGUGCAAUAAAAUAAUUAUACA